UCGGUUCGGUGGCAUUCGUCUGUGAGCCGCUGUGUCGUGCGGUCGCCUUCGCUUCAUCCCACGUAUCUAAACCGACGACACUGGCCGGUUGCCAGCCAAUUUUCCGCGCGUGUUUGUUAAUCCUCUCGUGAAAGGGUUAGUUGGCACAAUCGUUCGCACGCAUGAGCCGAAAGAAUAUCACGGUUCUUCCUAGUCCUCGCACACUGGCGAUAGAAAUCUAAAAGUAAAGGGUGAGUUUUUUCCCACUCACCCUCGGUCUCUUUUUUUUUUUCUCUGAGAAGACAAUCCGCACGCGGCGGUCGUCGUCGUGCCGUUAUCGAAGGAAACCAGCGUAACGCUGGGAGUCGUGGAACGGUAUCUAUUCGCCUCUGCAUGGUGAAAUUAACGCGAAAAGUGCCUGCACGCUCCGUUUCGUCUCGCGAAGACGGAAAGAAAUAAAAGGUGAGGAGAACAGGAAGCGGGACAAUCGUGAACCGAGGGCUUCCUUUUCUCUCGUAACUCUCGUUCUUUGGAGUUCGUCGAUUCGUUUUAUCGGAGGGCCGCCGUGAUUCUCCGAGUGACUUGGAAACUCUUCUUGAAAGAGCGAAGUAACCUUAAUAAGUGUGCUGUGACAGCUGCAGAAACAACCUCCGUGGAAAAUGAAGUCGACGAGGACCCUGCUGCUAAUCGUCCUUCUGGGAGUCGCCAGCUGUCAAAACAGCACCGUAAUCACGAGCGAGGUCCUUCAAGGUUACGACCCUCAGUUCAUGGUGGGCUGUUACUUUCCUGCAGACUUCCAGGGCGAAUUCGUGACGCAGGUGAGCGGAAAGGGUGUUGAAGGCAUGGCGAACGCGCCCAUUCAGUAUUCUGCCAUUAACAUCACCUUCAACGCGAUACCGGUGUGGGGCUAUUGCCAUAAGAGGGUCGGCGAUAAUGUACUGCUAAUAGACAGGUUUAACGACAAAGAUUGCAUACGGUGUUUCCGGCUGCAACGGAGAUCGCGGAAUGUCAUUGAGAUGUUCGCGGAAACUUUCAACAGGUGUUACACGCACGAAUCGGCCGCCUUAGCCUCCUGCAGCGCACUAAACUCUAUUUCAAUCCUGUACCGAACGAAAGAAAUCGAUGGUUCAGCAACUCGGAGAGAAUACUGCCCCAUCGCUGGUCUUUAUCACUUCAAAUAUAGCGUUAACAAUAACUCCGCGGUCUCGUUAGAGUGUAACACGUUCUCUUCCGAGUUCAAUAAUUGUCCGGAUGGAUCGAUCUUACAAUUAAAAUUCAAACGAUGUAACUUCGAGAAACGCAAUAUUCAGUACAAUUGUUUGGGCAGUUGGCCUGGACCGAAUAAUUCUACAUAUUUUGCUCUUUGGGACAGCGACGUCAACGAUGGCGGGCCUCAAUAUAGAUGCGGGCUGUAUUAUGUUGAUAACAAAAGAGGGAAAACUUACAUGGCACUUAGCAGUGAUUCGAGCUGCACACAGGAUUUAGACAAUGCAACUCAUGGAUACGAGACUUUGAUUUUAACCAAGAGCCUAAACCAGAAAAAGAUGCCAGAAUAUGUGAUAACCCAUGUUGCUACAUUCCCGAAAUGGGCGCAGGGAGUGUGGGAGGAAUCCCUAAUAGUUAAUGGUACUAUGACUUUCACCGAUUUGAAUGGCUACAAUAGUUACACUUUUAUCACGGUAGAGUCAAACGAGGAGACUGGCCGUCAUAUCGUGUAUUCCAAAGAUCAAUGUGAGCAGUCUGCUUUUGUCUGUUUAUUGAUGAGGCAACGCAGCGAAAAUGUACUGGAAUUUGCGUUAGGGACGAUCAACAAUCCAGUGAGUUAUCAAAGUGAUUUGUGCGACGAUCCCUAUAUGGACAAACGAUUGUGGAUGACUCAAUCACGCAUCGAACGUGUGGUGGAGUCACCCUGUCCAAUUACAGGCCAAUAUGUAGGAAGGAUAACAGAUCUGUCAGGAAUGUGUGCCGAGUUAAGCAGCAAUUGUAACACUCGCGAAAUAAUGUACUUCAAAGUGAACGACUGCGAGUCCGGAGAACUGUACGAAGAACGAUCAUACCUGUGCUUGGGACAAUGGGAGGAAGACGGCGUGAUGUAUACCUAUACUAUGAGAAACGACACUUCUACAAAUGAGUGUUUCGUUGGUUUGAUUGUCAACGAUGAAGAAAUAUAUAUUAAGGAAGCCGGUGGUCAUUGUAUGCGAAAUAUAGAUCCCAAACAACAGGGGAUGCGUCUUUACAAAAAGGGACAAUGUUAUGGGAAUUCACCAAGUCCUGCGCCAACUCCAAUGAAACCAAUUCCUCAUAAUCCAAUAAUGAGGAUUACAACAACUCCACGACCGAGGAUAUCAGGAACUACUCAAGUAUCAAAAAAUGCAGUUUCUUCGUCAACUCUUUGCACGUCGACAAUGUCCACGACUUUUAUGCUUCUCGUUGCUGUGAUCAUCGCGAUUUUGAAGGUAGCGUCCCCGUAUACGCUCGAAUAAUGACAUCACUUUUACAUACUUUUAAUAGUGAGCUAGUUAAUGAAUGACCUUAGUGUACACUUUUACAUUUUGACUAUUCUUAUCUAACUGACAAUCGAGAUAUAAGAGCUAGUUAUUUAUUGCAAAGACCGACGUAAAACGACAUAUAUUGUAGACAUCGGAGAGAUAUAACACUUGUAUAUCAUAUUUUUUUAUCUCACGCAUCACUCCGCCCACGCUGCAUUUCGCGAGAUUUUGCUUUUUUACGAAAUAAAAAGACUUUGAUCUGCUCCAUUGAGCAAGUUGGCAAACGCA